GAUCUCUAGCUCCACUGGAGAAAGAAGAUGAGAUAUACUCCAAGAUCACAAGGAAAAAAACUCCUCGUCCCUUCUUUCUUCUUCAUAUUAGCUAUCUGUGUACUAGCUUUCAUCAACGAAAUCAGAUUCGACAGUUUACUGAGUUUCGGACGAUGUGCUUUGUCUAAUGUUCCGAUGAAUAACGGUGAGCCUCCAUUGUUGUCUUCCUCUUCUUCUUCAAGUGAUGAUGAGAUUAGGAUUCUUAUUGGCAUUCUAACACUUCCCGAUCAGUACCCACGUCGACAUUUUCUCCGGAUGAUCUACGGCACACAAGCUGUUCCUGAAGGCGUUAAGAUCGACGUGAAGUUCGUGUUCUGUAAUUUGACUAAAGAAGACCAGAAAGUGCUUGUCGCUUUGGAGAUCAUGCGUUAUGAUGACAUCAUCAUAUUAAAUUGCAACGAGAAUAUGAACAAAGGCAAGACCUACACAUACUUCUCAAGCUUACCAGACCUAUUCAACGAAACCAAUUCACCAAACCCACCAUAUCAGUACAUAAUGAAAGCCGACGACGACACUUACAUAAGACUAGAAAGCCUCGUAGCAUCUUUAAGACCAUUACCCCGAGAAGAUCUCUACUACGGCUACGUCAUUCCAUGUCAAAGCAUGGACCCGUUCGUGCAUUAUAUGUCAGGAAUGGGUUACUUAGUCUCGUGGGAUAUCGCAGUCUGGCUCAAAGACUCGGAUAUUCCCAAGAAACAUCUUGAAGGUCCUGAAGACAAAGUGUUUGGCGAUUGGAUGAAAGAAGGAAGACGAGGAAAGAACCGGUUCAAUGCUAAAUGGUCGAUAUAUAAUUUCCCCGAGCCACCGACUAAAUGCACACAUGAGCUUUGGCCUGAUACUAUUGCGGUUCAUUUGUUGAAGAACCAAGAAAAGUGGAUACGGACAUUGAACUACUUCAAUGUUACUAGCAACCUUAAGCCUUCUAAAUUAUACCACAUACCGUAG